AUGGGUCGUAAGCCCAAUCAGCUCAUUCUUGAGUUCUUCAUUCGAGGUCCUAAGCUAGAGGACUCGAGCAACCGCUAUCAGCAUACCUGCAAGGCCUGUGGCGAAAAGUUCCCGAAAGGCCGUAUCGAUAGCCUCACCAACCAUCUGGUCAAGAAAUGCCAGGCCAUUCCGCUCCGUGACCGUCAGCGCGUGCUCCUGCGCCUCCACGAACUCCCCGACCUCGCCGAAGGUGAUGCCAACAAGGAUCCCAAUGCCCCCGCUGGAAAGAAGGGCGACGGAUCCUUCGGUACUCGCCCCAACUUCGAUGGUCUAAACGUACUCGCAGAGGCGUCCCGCCAGGUGGGUGCCUCGGAUCAUACCAAACGAGGCCCUGCAUAUGCUCAGUCCGUGACGUCCGGUGGAAAGACCGUGGUAGUUGAUCCAGCAUUGGAGGCCGAGUUUACCGUGCAGUCUGAUGUCAAAGAAGAAGACGAGAAUGCUCAGGGAAAUGCUCACUCCUCUGGUACCCCUACCAUUCCUGCCCUCCCCAGCCAUACCUCCGACCACCCUACUUCCAUGUCGCCCCCUCUCGGUGACCACUCGAUGACCCCCGACUCGACUUCCAAUGCGCGCCAGUCACAGCUCUCGAUGAUUGCCGCCUCUGCCAACGAGAUGGUCCCCCAGGGACUGACAAUGGAUGAUGACGGAUUGAAGAUGGGCCAAUGGGGCCAGCAGCUGACUACCCAUGAGCAGCUCUUGUUUGACAGUCUGCAGGAGCAUGACCCGUCCCUGACUGCUGCCACUCAGCGCGCCGCAUCGUUCCCACGACCCAUUGCAAUGAACCCCAAUACCCAGGCCAAGGGGUUUGUCAACGAGUUUGGUAACUCUACCAAGCCUGCCAAGCCCAAGGUUCGCGGCCGCUUCUCAGAUGAGCGUCGUCGUGAGGUUCAGGAAGUGCGCAAACGAGGAGCGUGCAUCCGUUGCCGUAUGCUGAAGAAGCCGUGCUCGGGAGAAACUCCCUGCACCACGUGUGCCAGUGUUGAGAGUGCUCGCCUCUGGAAGCACCCGUGUAUCCGAACUCGCCUGUCUGAUGAAUUCGAGCUUUACAAUGCCAAUCUGCAUGCAACUCUCGCCUACCACGACACCAACUCCAUUAAGAACCAGGUCAAGUUUGAGCAUUACGCUGGCCGCAUUGAGGUGACCCAUCACGAGGAGAGCUUGGUCUAUGUUACCAUUAGCGGACUCCAGGGCCACCGUGCCUCCGUCUCAGCUCUUGACCCGCAGCUUCAGGGCUUGGGCGACGACCAGUUCUCUGCACCUGCCCAGGAAAUCUACCUGCUGGAUAGCGAUGCCGAUGACAUUCCCAGUAAGCUGGAAUUGUACAUCAAGAAGACUGCUACAUUCUUCUUCGAGCGCGAGGAGUCCAACUUUAUGAAGUCCACUCUACUGCUGGCCUCUGAGCUGGCUCAGGCUAAGAAGGAUACGCUCCUCGAACGUGCCGUGGACCUGUGGGUCGCCACUCACAUUUUGGUCGACAAUGAGCUUACCUGGAAGACCUUCUGCAACCCUACUCUUCCUCCCACCUCGAUGCACUCAUUGUCUCAGCCCUCGGAUGAGGGUCGCCUCCCAAUUGAGGAAGUAUCGGACCCCGAGUCCUAUGCCCUUCUGUGCAGCCAGCUGCGAGCCGCCAUGGAGAAGCGUGCCAUGCAGCUCAGCAAGUCGGUAAUCAAUGACCUUGAGCGCCGUCUGCUCCAGCGCCAGAAGACUGGCUGGUUUGAGACCUUCCUCGUUGCCGUUGUCCUGCUGAACUGCGUCGAGCGUACCUGCUGGCUCUUCCGCUCGUGGGACAACGAAACCUUCGCUCAGCGUUGGCCCUUAGAUAAGCGUCCACCCUACUAUUACAGCCAAUCCGAGCGCUUCGCCGACAUCCUGCACAUGCUCCUCCGCAUGCGCAGCCUGCCUCCCAAGUCGGUAGUUCGCCCGGAUAAUGGCACUCUCAAGGCUGUCGACGGCAGCGACGAGUACGCAAUGCGCUGGUUCGACAUGAUUCAGGUCACCCCAUUCUAUCUCGAGGAGCGCACCAAUGCCGUCUUCGAUGCCCAGGACUCGCGCUCGCUUGACCUUCGCCACAGCGCUAGCUUGCUGUUGCCGCACAACGCCUAA